AUGGACUCCAUCCCUCAUGAUCUCAUGAACAACAAUACCUUUGACGCAACCAUCACAGAUUAUGAUCAUGUCUUCAAUGAAUUCAUGCUCUUUGGAAAUGAGUAUGAUGGCCAUGGGCUGUGGUUGAAGAGUGAAAAUAUGUUCAAUGGCGAAGGCAAAGGCACCUCAAAUUCCGGCUUGCGCAUCAAUGCAGUCGAGGACUCUUCCGACAUUUACUUGUCAGUAGAUGGCAAUGCACCUACAAGUAGGGUUGUCAAGGAGAGUCCUGAGGAGAAACAAGGUGAUGGCAAUUCCUCAGGCAGGACGACAAGGGUGGCGAAGUUGCGGAGAGAUCGUUCGAAGACUUUGAUCUCAGAGAGGCGGCGGCGUGGUCGAAUGAAGGAGAAGCUCUAUGAGCUGCGGUCCUUGGUUCCUAACAUAACUAAGAUGGACAAGGCUUCGAUCAUCGCCGAUGCAGUUGGGUAUGUGCAAAAUCUUCAAAGGCAAGCAAGAAAGCUAGCAGAGGAAAUCAGGCUGCUUGAAUCCUCUUCAAAAGUAGAUCAGUUGUCAGGAAUUCUCUCCGAGAACAGCAGGAAGGCUUCACAAGUUGAUCAGGGGAGAAGUAAUCCAGUUGGGGGAAAGGUGUUGCAAUUGAUGGCUUUUGAAGUUCGCAAAGGAAGAUUCUAUGUGAGGUUGGAGUGCAGCAAGAAUGAAGGUGUUUCAUCAUCCCUCUACACUGCAAUCGAGUCUCUGGGGUGCUUCCAUUUGGAGAGCUCUAACAUUUCCAUCGCUUCUGAAAUAUUCGUGCUAACUCUAAAUGUCAGAGGAUUCAUGGAGGAGAUGAACGUGUCCACUUUGAAGCUAUGGGUAAUGGGUGCCAUUUUCAAGGAGGGAUUUGAGUUCGAGAUGACGGCAAUCCUUUAAAUCUUCUUUCCCUCGUAAUCUAGUUUCCGAAAUAAACCACUUAAACAUGUUUCAUUAGGAGUUGUAAAUUGAGAAACUUUUCAAGAUAUUUUUGUUUACUGAUCUUGAGAUGAGGAAGUAGCAACAGAGAGAAACUCUCAAUGAUGUACCA